CACGAAUACAAAGAGCCAUACGACCUUCGGAUGCCCGUGGGUCCUUUUGAGUCCCAUCUCUGUUCCUUAGCUUGGAGUGGUGGGGAAUUCCAUGCCUUCCACCCUCUGAAACUGUGUUCCUCCCGAAGGCCUUUGUAGGCCCACCCUUCUGGGAAGGGGUGAGUGUGACCCCCAGUGUGCUGAGCUAGGGCAGCACAGGAUCUGCACAGAGAAGAAGGCCCUCUGCGCCACAGCCCGAGGGGAGGCAGCCAUGGACUGUGUGCGCCUUCAGGGCUAGCCCACUCCUCCUUCACAGAACCCAGCCCCGGCGGCCCAGGCUGCUCCGACCACCCUCCAUGAAAAAGGAGAGUGAAUCCAAAGAGGCCAGAGCUUCGUGCGGUCCGGUCGACUGGGGACGCUUUUGGAGCAGUCCAGCAGCGUGAGCACGGGCCUUCCUGCCUCUGCCACCAUGUCCUUCAGUGCCACCAUUCUCUUCUCCCCUCCCGGUGGCGGCGAGGCCAGAUGCUGCUGCUGUGCCUGUAAGAGCGAGACCAGCGGGGGCAGCACAGGCUGUCAGGGCGGGAACCCUCCUCCCAGCACCCCGAUCACGGUCACCGGACACGGCCUGGCCGUCCAGAGUUCAGAGCAGCUCCUGCAUAUCAUCUACCAGCGGGUGGAUAAGGCCGUGGGUCUGGCUGAGGCUGCGCUGGGUCUCGCCAGGGCCAACAACGAAUUGUUAAAACGUCUCCAGGAGGAAGUGGGUGAGCUGAGGCAAGGGAAGGUGCCCGUCCCCGAUGAAGACAGUGAGAGCCGGGCACACGGCUCCCCGCCCGAGGAGCCCGGGCCCCUCAAGGAGAGCCCCGGAGAGGCAGACAGGGCCGUGCCGGCCGGGGAAGAGGAGUGUGACAGCGUGGGCAGCGGCGUGCAGGUGGUGAUCGAGGAGCUGCGGCAGCUGGGAGCGGCCUCAGCUGGGGGGCCUGGGCCCUUGGGCUUCCCGGCCGCUCAGAGAGACGUACGGCUCCCGGGAUGCGCCCUGGGUGCAGGCGAGGGGCCUCCGAUGCUCGACCCCCUGGUGGAUGAUUAUGUGGCCUCUGAGGGUGCAGUGCAGCGGGUGCUGGCCCCUGCUUAUGCCAAGCAGCUUUCACCAGCCACACAACUGGCGAUCCAGCGGACAACCUCAGAGACAGGGCCAGAAAGCGGAACCAAGCUGCCACCGCCCCACCCCGAGGACAUGCUUAGUGCUGCUGCUGCCCUGGAAGGUGCCGUGGAAGAAUCAGGCCCUGGGGGAACUGGGGAGCUGAGACACUCUCUAGGAUUUACUGCUUCCCCAUGCAGGACCAGAGGGAGUGGGCAGAAGAACUCCAGGCGCAAGCGGGAUCUGGUCCUCUCUAAAUUGGUCCACAAUGUGCAUAACCACAUCACCAAUGACAAGAGAUUCAAUGGGUCUGAAAGCAUCAAGUCCUCUUGGAAUAUUUCAGUAGUGAAGUUCCUUCUGGAAAAGCUCAAGCAGGAGCUGGUAACCAGUCCCCACAAUUACACUGACAAGGAGCUGAAAGGAGCCUGUGUAGCCUACUUCCUUACUAAGAGGCGUGAGUACCGCAACUCCCUGAACCCCUUUAAAGGCCUAAAAGAAAAAGAGGAGAAGAAACUUCGAAGUCGCAGAUAUCGGCUUUUUGCCAACCGAUCCAGCAUCAUGAGGCAUUUUGGCCCUGAGGACCAACGCCUGUGGAAGGAUGUGACAGAGGAGCUGAUGUCAGAUGAAGAGGACAGCCUUAACGAGCCAGGUGUCUGGGUAGCCCGGCCUCCCCGUUUCCGGGCCCAGCGCCUCACGCAGCUCUGCUACCACCUGGAUGCCAACUCUAAGCAUGGCACCAAAGCCAACCGUGUGUACGGACCUCCCUCAGACCGCUUACCUUCUGCUGAGGCCCAGCUCCUUCCACCAGAACUUUACAAUCCUAAUUUCCAAGAGGAGGAGGAUGAGGGAGGUGAUGAGAAUGGACCUGUCUCCCCAUCUUUUGACCAACCCCACAAAACCUGCUGUCCUGACUUGAACUCGUUCAUUGAAAUCAAGGUGGAAAAGGAUGAGUGAAAUCUAUAAACCAAGAAUAACUCUGGCAUCCGCCUCUUCCCAUGUCCUCAAAAUGGGUGGCCACAGGGCUUCCUAGAAUAAUGAGAUGUCUUCUGCAGUCCGAGAAAGCAAAUCUGCCUCUCUUCUCAACACAGUCUCCACUAGAAGUGGAAGCUGGCAGCUCUGGUGGGAUAAAAGGACUUAUCUCCAAGGGGGAAAAACUCCCCCUGCUGUGAACGACAAGCCAGAAAAUGCUUAUUCCUAAGCAUAACAGUGCCUCGGAGGAGCCUGGGAUGAGAAAAGGAGGAGGAUGGGUCCAAGAAACAGGAGGCCUUCUUGACGUA